GAGACAGUGUCUUAAAAAAGGGUUGGUAAAUCUUAAUCUUAUGUUGUGGAAGUGUUAGCCUUAGGACAGUAGGAGGGUGAAGCAAAUAAGCCAGACCCCACUUCACCCCAGUUUUCGCGUUUUUGGCUGUAAUCCAUUUUCAAUCAUAAGCAAAACACGCCCUUUCUCUGUCUUUCUUUAUUUUAUUCAUUCCAACCUCAACCUUCCAAGUUCUGAGCUUUCUGUUGUUUGAAUACCAGAACAAAGGAGAAACAGAAGCGAAGCUGAUCUGUUUGCUCUCUGUGUUAACCCAACAGCAAAAACCCUCAAAAGAAACAAACCAAAAGAAAGAAAAGAGAUGAUGGGGAGAGAAAAGUGUGUCUUUUUGUUUGCAGUUUUCUUCCUUACGUUGGGUGCCUCUGCUUCCACAUCAAUUUCAGAUGGUGUCUUUGACUCUUUCACUUCUACAGGAAGGAACCUCCUUCAGGCCAAGAAAGCUUGCCCGGUUAACUUUGAGUUUCUGAACUACACAAUUAUCACAAGCCGAUGCAAAGGACCUCAGUAUCCACCUGAUCAAUGUUGUUCAGCAUUCAAGGACUUUGCUUGCCCGUUUGCAGAACAGAUCAAUGACUUGACAACCGAUUGUGCUUCAACUAUGUUCAGCUACAUUAAUCUUUAUGGGAAAUAUCCUCCAGGCCUUUUUGCUAGCGAGUGUCGUGAAGGGAAAGAAGGGCUUGCAUGCCCUGCGUUACCGCCAUCAACAUCAGUAAAUGCCAGUGGUAGUCAGCUAAUAUCUAAUCCAUCGCUGCUGCUAAUGGCCACAGCUGGCUUCCUAGUGUUUCUAUUCAUGUUGUUAUGAAAGCCUGCAAGUGAAUUUCAUUUAUUAUAAUCGUUUAUUUAUAUCAUUUUUACCCCCACUUUUAACCUUGUGAAGAGUACAGUAGUUCCAUACAUCGGGUUCUUCAGCCAUGCUUUUUCUUUGUACUCGGAAAUCUAAUUGAUGUACAUCAUUGGAAUGCUACUUAGUCCCAAUAGUUGUGGGGAAACAGGCUUUCAGUUGUAAUUUGCAGCCAUCAAAUGAGUUUAUGCUUUUCCUGUGUGAUAUGA